AUGGUACAUCCCACCACAGCGCCGAAAGACGCCCCCAAGACAUUCGAAUUUGUAGUCGUCGGGGGUGGCACUGCUGGCUGCGUCGUUGCUGGUCGCUUGGCGAAGAAUCCCAGAGUCUCUGUGCUGGUCGUUGAGGCGGGUCCCAACAACACCGCCGACAUCCCCGAGAUCUCUACUCCGGCUCGUGCAUUCGAGUUGAGAGGCAGCGAGUAUGAUUGGGGCUACAAGACCACCAUGAUCGACCGCACAGAGUAUACCCGCGUCGAGAAGCCUAACACGCGCGGGAAGAUGCUGGGAGGACCAAGUGGAGGAAACUACUUCACCUGGGUACGAGGUUCCGCCUCCACAUUCGACGACUGGGCCGAGUACGGCACCGACGAAUGGAACUGGGAGAACACCAAGGACUCCUUCAACAAGUCGGCCACCUACCAUGACGAUGAGGCUAUAUAUUCCGCCGACCUAGCGAAGAACAGCAACCAAGAUCAAGCCGUUCCGCGACGCUCUGCAAAAAGCCUGGUCAGUAAAGGCCAAGAGUUGACCACCGACGUGUACAGCGGCGUGCAGAAGGGUCUGUUCAAGUGCGUCAGCAGCAUCUACAAGGGCAUGCGGUCCACCAGCGCGGUCUUCAUCGAGGGCAAAGAGAACGUGACGCUCGUAUCGUCGACCAUCUCCAAGAACCUUGUCCUCGAAAAUGGCAAGGCCGUGGGCGUCACCGUCAUCGGGCCCGACAGCGAGGAAUAUACCUUCAAUGCCAAGUACGAGGUCGUGGUCUCGCAAGGUGUGUUCGAAUCACUCAAAUUGCUCGUGCUCUCGGGCAUCGGGCGCAAAUCCGACCUCGAAGCCCUGGGCAUCAAGACCGUCGUCGAUUCUCAGCACGUGGGCCAAAACCUGCUGGACCACCCGAUCCUGUCGCACGUCUUCCAAACGAAGGACGGUUACGGCCUCGGUAGCCACCUCCUCCGCGCGGGACCGCAGAAGGACGGUUGCAUCACCGUGUACCGCAAGGACCACUCCGGUCCCUACAGCAGUGGCUUGCUCGAGCUGGUUGCCUUCCCACGCGCAGACGAGUGGUUCGACACCAGCAAGGAAUACCGCGAGUACAAGGCCCAGAAUGACGGCGUUGACCCCUACGGUCUCAGUGGCCAGCCGCACUUCGAGGUCGACUUUGUGCCCAUGUUCUCCGAUGCCUUCCAAUGGCACUUCUCUAUGCUACCGCAAGGCGACUAUCGCACCGUGAUCGUUGGCCUCAUGCGCCCUCUGUCCCGCAACGGCGAGGUGCGCCUCCAGUCCACCGACCCGGCCGAUCAGCCGUACAUCAACCUGAAGUUCUUCUCGCACGACCUGGACCUGGUCGCGCUGCGCAAGGGCGUCCGCAUGAUUGACGACAUCGCCAUGCACGGCGAGGGCCACUAUCCCUGGCCGAUACCGCGCAACAGCGACGAGGCCAUGAUCCCGCAGAUCCUCGAACGGGCCCAGACGGGCUUCCAUCCCUGCGGCACGUUGAGGCUGGGCCGAAGCAUCGAGCAGGGCGUCGUGGAUCCGAAGUUGCGCGUCUGCGGCACCGCGGGACUGAGAGUCAUCAACGCGUCCAUCUUCCCUGUCAUUCAGGAUUGUCGGAUUCAGAAUGACGUGUACAUGGUCGCUGAGAAGGGCGCCGACUACAUCAAGGCAGAAUACCCAGAGUUGUUCAAGCAGGUCGGCAAGGGUGAGUAUGAGGUCUAG